AGGCCUUUUGCCACGCUGCUGGACAGCGGAGAACUAACUUUGUUAGGGAGACUAUUUUUAACUUAUUUGUCAGUCUUUCUGCAUUAUGAGUAGCAUGAAUCCCCCGCAUAGAGAAGCAAGCGACAUGCUGGAGGAUGCUCUUCAACAUUUUGAUACGAUAAUUGAUCGUACUAACUCAGUUAACACAAAUGGAGCAGAUGAUCCCUACAGUGAUGGAGAUUUUGAUGAUGACAAUACUGUCUUUGAUAAUGGAGUUGAAGGAGUAGCCAUGCUGAUGGAGGAUCUUCGUAAUGCAGUGGAAGCAACAUUGGAUGUUGAAGCAAUCGAGUCUGAUGUCGAUAAAAUUGGUUUUGGCGACUCUUUGCUAAAGUUUAUUUCAUUGGAUACUUUAAAGUUUUAUCGGAAAUUAUUGAGAAUUCAGAAUCAGUCCAAUGAAACAGAAUCCGAGAAAGUUUCACGUCUUAUAAGCGAAAAUGAAAGUUUGUCUCUUCAUGUGAGUGUGCUUACAGAUCAGAUAGAAGUCCAAACUGAAAAAUUGGAUGAACUUAAUUCUCAAUGUAAUGAAAUUAAACACAGACUUUCUGGUGCAGAUAACAGGCUUCAAGAGGAAUUGGCUGCAAAAACAGAUCUUGAAACAGAAAAGUUACAACUUUUAGAUGAUGUGUCGAAACUUAAACUUGCUGUUGCCCAACAUGAACUACAAAGAAAGCAAGAUGAGGCUGCUGUACAGGAAAUGGAAAGAAAGAGACUUGAUACCGAAGCAAGAAAUGACCAGUACAAGAUUUUGAUGAAAAAGUUAAGUGAGAUGAAGGGAAAAGUGAUCCAUGUACAUCAGGAGAAACUUCACGAUUCAAACAAAUUAAUUCUUUUUCAGGAACUUGUUGAAAAUUUGGAGAAAACUGUUGCCGAGAAAGAUAAGAUGGUGGAAGAAUUAUUAAUGCAAGUGGAGCGACUAAAAUCGAGUAAAACACCCACCAUACUUUCACCUGACGAAGGGAUAGUUCAGGAUCAUGAUGAGAAAAACCAGAAGUUGCUUCAGCUGCGAAUGCCCGUCCCAUUCGCAACCUCUACCCCAAUAUCAACUGAUAAGGAAAAUGAGUUGAAGCCACGAGGAGAGGUAGCUGAUAAUGUGGAUAAAGAUCCAACACCUAGCACACCCACUGGGCUACAAGUGCAGCACCCAGGAAAUUUGCACAGUCCAUCUGUAAGCACAACUCCCAGUCCAGCAAACCUGAGCGCAUCAAACAUGAGUGGUAGCAGCAAUAUUUUAUCUGAUUCAUUCACAUCACCAACUAAAUCAACCAAGUCACCCAAGAAUAAAUCCAGCAGCACUCCUAAUCUAGCAAUGACAGAAGUUAUACAACCCUUGCCACGCCCCCAACUUACCGGUGACACGCCCACCUCCAACGCCCCAACCGCCCAAUCACAGUCUCCGUUCCAUCAGCGUCGAAAACAACACGGGUUCCGAAAGUUUUUCAGCAGCUUCCGACUUCGACGAAGCCGAUCAUCGUCGUUAGAACAACACGAUACCCAGCAAAACGAUACAGUGGAAAAUUUUCAACGGGGUGGACUACGAUCUACGGCUGGUCCGAGACUAGCGUGGAACCCACGUGACGCACAGUUGUCAUCAUCGUCGGCACGUAACGACAACCUUCCUUUUGCACGUUGGGAUACUGAGCGUGUGUGUCAAUGGAUGAUAGACAUCGGUAUGCAUGGUUACGUGGAUGCAUGCAAGAAAUGGGUGAAGAACGGUGACGGUUUGCUUCGUGCGACCAACCACGAGCUAGAAAAGGAACUUGGUAUACGGCACCCGCUUCAUAAGAAGAAGCUUAUGCUCCAUCUCCAAGCAUUAGGAGGAGUGGGAGAAAGUGAGGAGGAGGAAAGAGGAGCGGCGCAGAUGAACGCUGUGUGGGUGGCAAGGUGGUUGGAUGACAUUGGACUACCACAAUAUAAAGAUUCGUUCCACGAGGCAUGUAUCGACGGUCGCACUUUGCACCACCUAACGGUUGGCGACGCGCAAAAACUUCGCGUCACAAAUCUCUUCCAUCUAUGCAGCCUUAGGAGGGCGGUAGAGAUCCUCCGUAUUUGUCAAUUUGAUCCCACGAUGUUAAAACGACGGCCCGUAGAAGAAGGGGAUACUGAAGACAUUUCCCUGUGGACGAACCAUCGUGUAAUGGAAUGGCUGCGUUGUGUUGACUUAGCUGAAUAUGCACCGAACUUACGAGGCAGCGGAGUGCAUGGUGCAGUUAUGGUUUUUGAUCCAAAUUUUACCUCGGAAACACUGUCCGCGUUGCUUCACAUCCCACACAGUAAAAGCCUUUUGCGACGCCACCUAGCGGCGAAGUUGGACGAGCUUCUUCCGGAAGAAAGCGUCAAAUCAAAGCAACUAAGAUCCCAGGAGCCAGGCUAUGCACCUAUUAACGUAGCUAUAAAAUACAAGAUCGGUCGCCGAUCGUUUGGGGGGCUUGGACGUUUAAGAGGUGCGUCCGCGGGCGCCACACCACGCGAGUUCGGCAGCGGUGAGUAUGUUUGCCCGAUCUCCAACUCGAAGUCGAAGACGAUGGCCGCACACCGAGAUAUGCUGCAGAAGAAGAUUUUACUACAAGGGGUCCGAGAUAAGAAGGUGGAUAUUGAACAGGAUGAAAUGACAAGAUCCGACUCUGGAUCAAACAUUGAAGUAGUGGAGCUGAACGAAAGCACAACAAGGGAGAUAAACGCUUUUUCCGCCCAACUAAAUACGCUGACGAACAACUGGAGUGAGAGCUGACCGUGGGAACAUAUACAGCUGUAUUUGAAGUGACGUUACAACUUUAAACCACCAGCAAUUUAGUUCUCUUUGCCAAAACCGAAUAUGUGCUGUUUUUAUCACAGCGUUUUGUUUUUCGCAAAUUUUCAAGGUCGAUAAAUAAGAUCUUGAUCCGAUUUUAAUUUCACAUGCGAAGUUAUUUAUAGUGUUUGCAUACUCUGAUGACGGCGCUUUUAUUUUCGCAACUACAAACAUUGUUACAUGGUUACGGUAUGUCGAAAUGCUUUAGUAGCCAUGUGGUUACUGUAUUCCUCGGCCUGUAUUUUGGUGCUACACAAAAAUAUGCGUUUCACAGUACAGGUCACGACCGAUUAAGCAGAAAAAAAUCCUGCAAUAAACCACAAUGCGGUUAAUUGCGUUCAUUUUCAAAAGCAUAAAGACGCCAUAAACCGUUUUAUUUGAUAAUAUUGUUUUUGAUCUGGCGGCACAAUGCUGGGCCUUUUAACGCGGAAAGCACUCGACUUGCUCGAAUUAAACAGACCGCGCUUGCGGUUGCCUUAUUUAUUUUAUUCUUUCAUCAAUAAUUGCGGUUUCUUAUUCAUUUUAAAAAUCACGAGUGUUUUUUUAAACGGUCCAUCAUCGUGCCCAGCUUUUACAUAUCAUUCGUUGCUUUCUCUUCAGCAUAUUUACUUUAACUGCCCACCAAUGUGCUUCCUAUGUUUGUAAAUAUCAAUUUGCAUACGUCACUUUAGCCGAUAUAAUACAUCCUUUAUGGUGCUUGCUAUUUUCCGUUCGCAUUUGGUGCUAACCGCAUGCUUUUACCCUUUUUCACCAGCGUUUAUUUCGUUGCA